AUGGCGGAAUCGAACUCGUACGAGGAGCAGCGCCGGAGGCAGAUUGAGGAGAACCGCCGGAAGCUGGAGGAGCUCCGCCUGCACCAUCUCUCCGCCGCCGUCCGCGAGGCCGCCGCCAGGCCCAAGCCCAACCCCAAGCCCAGGCCGGUUCGCAAGGCCCCGGAGCCCGGCGAGCUCCGGCGGUCCGGCCGCGUCGCCGGCCUCCCGGAGCAGCCCAGCUACCUCGAGGGCGCAGGGCAGCGCGACUACCGUGGAGUGUACGAGGCAUACGCUGUUUGGAAAGGACCGACCGAGGAGGAGAGAGCCGGCGCCAUCGCCAAGGCGGAGGAGCUUCAGCGCCGGAUCCACCGCAUCCGCUGCCCCGCCUUCGUCAAGCCCAUGACCCACAACUGCGCCAGCAAGGCAGCCGAGAUGAAAAUCCCCAAGCACUUCAGUGAAUAUCUCCCGGCGCACGAUGAGGGAGUCGUCUUGGUGGACGAGGCGGAUGACGAGUUCCACAUGAUGUACAAUGCCCACAGACAGGGCAGACACUACUAUUUCCACAAGGGGUGGAGAGGAUUUGCCGCCAACCAUGACCUUGCCGUUGCCGAUUGCUUGGUUUUCCACAUGACAGAGAGGGCAAAGUUCAAGGUCUACAUUUUUAGAGCAAACCCAGACUAUGAAAGCGACCAAACUUCUGAUGACUCUGAGGAUGAAGAGUAA